AUGGCGGAAGAAACCCAGCCAAGAUGGGAAGGCAAGCUCACUGCUGAGCUGAAAGGGCCAACACCAGAGCAAGUGUGGCCAUUCUUGGCGGACUUCUGCAACCUCCACAAGUUGCUUCCCACCCUCGACACGUGCCACCAAGUUGAGGGCGUCCUGGGCCAGCCGGGCCUUGUCCGGUAUGUCGCCUCCACCACGUUUGGCGAUGACUCAGACUCGUCGAAGAUCAAGUGGGCCAAUGAGCGCCUCCUCACAAUGGACCCUAGUGACAAGUGCUUCAGCUAUGAGGUAUUGGACAACAAUCUUGGAUUCAAGUCCUACGUCGCCACAAUUAGAGUGAUGCCCAUGAAUGAUGGGGAUGGUAAGAUGGUCGGGUGCAUGAUUGAGUGGUCUUUUGUGGUUGAUCCUGUUGAGGCUUGGGGGGUCCAAGAUAUGAAGUCUUUCUUUGAUUUUUGCCUCCAAUCAAUGGCCAAGAAGAUAGAAAGUGCAAUUCAAGAAACUAGUGGGUGA